CAAAGAUUUGAAGAGCAUUUUUCAUGCCAACCACAACAAUAAAUGAAACAACAAUGAUGUUGGAUAACCAUUUUCUGCAAUAGAAGCUAGUCAAAAUCAACAGGAAAAAGCAUCAUUUGAAUUUAUUAAAAUCUGAGCCGACUUAUUAUGGACUUCUUUCAGAGCAGCUAUGCGAUUCAUAUAGGUUAAAUCGUUUUUUGUAUAAAGAAAUCAAGCAACAGGUCCCAAACAACUACUGGAAAGCUUUAACUGUGUUCUCAUUACAAUCGAAAAGUUCCAAAUACGGAUUUCCGCUUUUUAGCUCAGCCCGAAGGCCUUCUAUACACGGUAAAGAGAGAACUACACCUUUUUUCCUUUCUGUACUUCCUCUUCAAGUGGGCCAAUGCGAUUGGACCAAAGAAACAAUGUCUUCACCACCUUCCCCGGCGUCUGGCAUUGUCUCUGCCAACAUCAAACUAUUUAACAGCAAAUCCGACCAUGACUCGUUGCUGCCUCCACCACCGCCGCCACCGAAUACUCGCCCUGCUUCAAGUAAUAGUAACAACAAUAAUAAUAAGCACCAACUACAGCAGCACUCCCACAAUCCAGCGGCGAUAACCACUACUUCAUCCCAACCAGGGCCGAGAUCUCCUGUACCUCCAUUACCGCCUAAACCAAAGCCGACCUUUUUACGAGAAUAUGAAUCGAAACAACCGCCACCUCCAGUACAGCAACGUCCAGUACCCAAUAAUAGCACAAAACCGCCGUUACCACUGCCACAACAGCCAACACGUCCAUCCAUUGCUGUAGUAGCAGCGGAUGCACCACCAAUGCCUCCACCACGGCCCAACCCGGCAACAUUACGCUCAUUAAGCAAGGUGUCUGCUGUAGAUCAACAGCAUUACCAGUCCGACGCAGCAAACCCGCCGGUAAUGACGACGAUAACACCCACAUCGACAGGAGGCGGGAGUGGGAAACACGUUAUCAAUGGAAAUGGUAUUAUCACUCAUGUUGGAACUACCACGUCAAAUGCUCUUAAAGGUGUUCUGGAUCGAGUUGUAGGAAGUGUCAGUGAUUUUUGGGGUUCGGGCAGUACGUCUUCAGCAUCAUCCACGACAUCAGAAAAAGCGAAAAUCUCGUCGCCGUACAACCUUAUUCAUGUCACACACGUGGGAUUCAACGCACAGACGGGCGAAUUUACUGGGCUACCACGCGAGUGGCAUGUUCUUCUGCAACAAAGCGGCAUUUCCAAGCGAGAACAACAGGCAAAUCCACAGGCAGUGUUGGACGUGAUUGGAUUUUACAAGGAGACGCGCGAACAGUCUGAGGAUGGGGUAUGGGAAAAGUUUGGUAAUGCGCAUCCAAGGCAUUUCUCAAGCGAGGUUGUGAAACGCAUGACACCACCUCCGUUACCGCAACGUGCAAGGCCAAGACUUGUGGUUGUGGACUCAACAGCCGAGGAAAGUAACGAAAACAUCAAUGCCAAGCCCGAGCUGCCAGCGCGUCCGUCACCGCCUACAAUUCCGGCACGUCCGCCUCGACCACCUUCACCACCUGAACAGGAAACUGAAGAAGCAGCAUCUGUCAGUAUCGCUGAACGACUGCAUCAAUUUGAGAAUAAAUCACGUCCGACGAUUCCGACCAGCAGCAAACCGCCACCACCAAAACCACCAUUAUCGACGAAACCCACAUUUGCUAUGAAACCGAGUACGAGCAGUAAUACCAACAAAAUUGAUGAAGAUACUACUACAACUACUACCACCACCACUACCACCACCCCUACUACAACUACUACUCCACAAUCACCUAAGCCAUCUGUAUCAUCAUCCUCUUCAUCCUCUUCUACUCCUAUAAUCACAACCACGCCUGCUAUCUCGACGACACAGCAACCACCUGUUGCACCUCCACGACCGAAAUUAGCCAACAAGCCCAAAACCACUGAACGGCGGAAAUCGCAACUGGAUAUGCCAAGCAGCAACAACCACAAAAAUAAUAACAAUAAUGCCGACGUGUAUAUUUCGCCUGUGGCGGCACCGCUCGAUCCAGCUAUGGACACAGGACCACCCCCAGAACCACGAGUGCGUCGACGAGAACAAAAACGACAAAAAGAUGCUGCAAGGGAUGCUGAGAUCUUGGCAGAGUUGCGCGCCAUCUGUACAGAUGCCGAUCCUACCAAACUUUAUCGGAAUAUGGUCAAAAUUGGUCAAGGAGCGUCUGGUGGCGUGUAUACCGCACAAUCGGUGGAUACCAACAUUUCGGUCGCCAUCAAACAAAUGAAUCUUGCGCAACAGCCCAAAAAGGAACUCAUUAUUAAUGAGAUCUUGGUUAUGCGCGAGGCACAGCACAACAACAUUGUCAACUUUAUCGACUCGUUUCUGGUGACAGGCGAACUAUGGGUUGUGAUGGAGUACAUGGAGGGAGGCUCGUUAACGGAUGUUGUGACGACAAACAUGAUGACCGAGGCACAGAUUGCAACAGUAUGUCGUGAAGCGCUGCAAGGCAUCCACCAUCUGCACCAUUUGGAUAUCAUCCAUCGCGAUAUCAAGUCGGACAAUGUUCUUCUGGGGCUGAAUGGUCAAGUCAAGCUGACGGAUUUUGGUUUCUGCGCACGGCUGAAUGAUGAAGAGAUGCGGACAACCAUGGUUGGCACGCCCUAUUGGAUGGCUCCGGAAGUUGUUACACGAAAGGAGUAUGGCCCGCGGAUUGAUGUAUGGUCGUUGGGCAUUAUGGUUAUUGAGAUGAUUGAGGGCGAGCCGCCGUAUUUGCACGAGAACCCAUUGCGCGCUCUGUACUUGAUCGCCACCAAUGGAACACCCACAUUACAGCAUCCGGAGGCAUUAUCGGAAUCCUUAUCCGACUUUUUACGGCAAUCGCUCCAAGUGGAUAGUCGGACGCGACCAGAUGCAGAUGUUCUGUUGCAACAUCCGUUUUUGAACAAGGCCGAGCCUGUGCAAAAAUUGAUUCCCUUGAUCAAAGCCAGUCGUGACAUCCGUAAAGCUCACGAGUCCUGAAAAAAUUAUUUGUGCUUUUAUAUACGCUUACUACUUUUCAUCUAUAUACCUUUUUUCUCACUAUAAACACUCUUUUCAUUCGCCCUCCCCAUCGCUUCUUCUAAUUCAAUGUAAAUAACUUUUCUCUAAUCGUGUGCUGAUAAAAGAAGACAUAUUAUUCUAAUAA